ACUCCUCAUCUAUUCCACUCGUCCACUCUCACUUCAGCGCACCUGCUGAACACAUUGCUCCUCCCGCGCUGGAGUCUGGACUGUCGAUUGCCAUGCGCGCGGCCGGUCCCCCUUGGCGUUUCUAGAUGGGCUCCUCCUCCCUCCUCCUCUUCCCCUCGUCCUCCUCCGACGCCAACGCCUCUCCCUCCUAUUCUCAUUCUCAUGCCACCACCUCCUCCUCCCGUUCCUUAUUGCCACCGCUCCCCUCCCAAGACUACCUCCUCCUUCACUACCUCCAACAUCUAGACCACCACCAAGAACCCGCCGCCGCCGCCAUGGUCCGCAAGCGCCCCGCCCCCGACAUGGACCUCCCGCCGCCGCGCCGCCACGUCACGGGCGACCUCUCCGACGUCACCGCCGCCGCUGCCGCUGGGGCGCCGCCGUCGUCCGCCAGUGCGCAGCUCCCGGCGCUGCCCACUCAGCUCCCCGCGUUCCAGCAGCACGCGGAGAUGGACGUCGCCGCGCCCUCGGCGCAGGCGGGCGAGGUGGCGGCGUCGACGACGGCGUGGGUAGACGGCAUCAUUCGGGACAUCAUCGGGAGCAGCGGCGCAGCGGUCUCCAUCACGCAGCUCAUCCACAACGUCCGCGAGAUUAUCCACCCCUGCAAUCCCGGCCUCGCCUCCCUCCUCGAGCUCCGCCUCCGCUCUCUCCUCACCGCCGGUCCCGCUCCGCUGCCUCCGCCUUCUCUCCUCCAUAACACCGCGCCCGCCGCCCCAACGGUCGCGGCGCUCCCUCUCCCUCCCCCGCUUCCAGACAAGCGCCGCCACGAGCCGCCGUGUCAAGAGGAGCCGAACCCGCCGCCGCAGUCGCCGAAGGCCCCCACAGCGGAGGAGACUGCCGCGGCAGCCGCGGCCGCGAAGGAGCGGAAAGAAGAGAAGCGGCGGAAGCAGCGUGACGAGGAGGGUCUACACCUGCUGACGCUGCUGCUGCAGUGCGCCGAGUCGGUGAACGCGGACAACCUCGACGACGCGCACCAGACGCUGCUGGAGAUCGCGGAGCUCGCCACGCCGUUUGGCACCUCCACGCAGCGCGUCGCCGCCUACUUCGCGGAGGCCAUGUCCGCGCGCCUCGUCAGCUCCUGCCUCGGUCUGUACGCGCCGCUGCCGCCCGCGUCCCCCGCCGCGGCGCGCAACCACGGCCGCGUCACCGCGGCGUUCCAGGUGUUCAACGGCAUCAGCCCCUUCGUCAAGUUCUCGCAUUUCACGGCGAACCAGGCCAUCCAGGAGGCGUUCGAGCGGGAGGAGCGCGUCCACAUCAUCGACCUCGACAUCAUGCAGGGGCUGCAGUGGCCGGGCCUCUUCCACAUCCUCGCCUCGCGCCUCGGUGGCCCGCCCAGGGUCAAGCUCACUGGGCUGGGCACGUCCAUGGAGGCGCUCGAGGCCACUGGGAAACGGCUCUCGGAUUUCGCCGACACGCUGGGGCUGCCGUUCGAGUUCUGCGCCGUGGCGGAGAAGGCCGGGAAUGUUGACCCGGAGAAGCUGGGCGUCACGCGGCGCGAGGUCGUCGCCGUCCACUGGCUGCACCACUCGCUCUACGACGUCACCGGCUCCGAUUCCAACACGCUGCGGCUCAUCCAAAGGUUGGCCCCGAAGGUGGUGACAAUGGUGGAGCAGGACCUCAGCCACUCAGGCUCCUUCCUGGCGCGUUUCGUGGAGGCCAUCCACUACUACUCUGCGCUGUUCGACUCGCUGGAUGCGAGCUACGGCGAGGACAGCACGGAGCGGCAUGUUGUGGAGAAGCAGCUGCUGUCGAUGGAGAUCCACAAUGUGCUGGCCGUGGGCGGGCCGGCACGCACCGGCGACGUCAAGUUUGGGUGCUGGCGCGAGAAGCUUGCGCAGUCGGGGUUCCGUGCCGCGUCGCUCGCGGGCAGUGCGGCGGCGCAGGCCUCGCUGCUGCUCGGCAUGUUCCCCUCCGACGGGUACACGCUCGUCGAGGAGAACGGCGCUCUGAAGCUUGGGUGGAAGGAUCUUUGCCUGCUCACUGCAUCUGCCUGGCACCCAAUUCAAUCCUCAGGCCAUUGAAGUUUGAGAGCAAAUUUACAGAGCUAGAGUAUUACCAGUUCCUACCUGUAUGUUCUUUUGUAGUUCUUUUGCCUCUUUAGCUGCUCAAUUUGGUCGAUUCUGAGAUAUGAAAAAGGAAAACAUUCUAAUCACUGAUUGCUAGAAAUCUCCACAGCGAUAGUUGCUAAUGUCGGGUUAGUUUGAUGGUAGCUUUGUUCAGCUGUUGAUCACCCUUGCCAAUCUGGCUAGUCAAUUCUUUUCUCAUGUUGAUGUGAUUCUUAAUCCUCAUUGUUUCCAUGGAUGCCAUUCUCCUAAUUAUAGAGCCCUUGAGCACAAGGUACAAUAUCUGGUGCUUUGUUCGUGAGUUAUCUGGAUUCUUGGUAC